AGUCUGGCUGGAUACCUACCCAACCCCGUGCGUAAAAGAGAUUUGGAGAGAGACACUUGGAUAUCGAAAAGUAGCUUUUUAAAUGAGCUGCAGCACACACUGAUCACAGAAGUACCUCACAACCGCAUGUGAAGAGAGCACGAGUCCAGAUUGGUGCAAGAUCGAUGAUCUUUGACUGUUUUUUUUUCUUGUAAGUCUGAAAACCAGAAGUUUUCUGCUCGAUGAGAAGCUCGCGCUGCCCCGCCUGACAAGCCUCGGACGACCGGGAGUCUCCAGAUCCACAGGUCAAAGUGUUAUUUAUCUUUUUUUUUUAGAUCCUAGACAUGUGUGCAUUGAGUAGUUGGAGGUAAAGCUGCAGCAGAAGUCUGGUGUGGUUGUGAGGGGGAGAGGGACACAGAGGAGGAGGAAAUCUGGGAAAGAGGGGGAAGACAAGCGGCGUCUCCGAGGAUGACUUUAGGGACGGAUAUGUCCGACAGCUCUGCAUUGUCCGAAGAUGUGGACAUCGACGUGGUUGGAGGGGACAUAUCUGUUGGAAAGGACGGAAAGUACAUUCACCACGACUUCAACUUGGACAAUGACUCGGACGAUAAUUACUCCCAGAACGCGGCCGAGGAGAGGGCUUCCUCUCCCGGACUCAGCAGCUCAGACUGCCCGUCAGAUCAGAUGGGCUCCGGUGCGGAGGUCGGGACCGUGAUCGGGGAGAAAUCCAGAAAAAACGCGCUGGUGAAGCCCCCGUACUCUUACAUCGCUCUGAUCACCAUGUCCAUCCUGCAGAGCCCCAAGAAGCGCCUCACUCUCAGCGAGAUCUGCGAGUUCAUCAGCAACAGAUUCCCUUAUUACAGGGAGAAGUUCCCCGCAUGGCAGAACUCCAUCCGCCACAAUCUGUCCCUGAAUGACUGCUUCGUGAAAAUCCCACGAGAGCCUGGCAACCCCGGAAAGGGCAACUACUGGACCCUGGACCCGGAUUCCGCAGACAUGUUCGACAAUGGGAGCUUCUUGCGCAGGAGGAAGCGCUUCAAAAGGCACCAGACUAAUGAAAUCCUCAGGGAGUCUGGUGGCUUUCUACCCGGGUUUGGAUACGGCCCGUACGGAUACAACUAUGGACUUCAGCUGCAGAACUUCCACGCAGCCCACAACCCGUACCACCCACACCACACAGGUGGUUCAUUCCCAUUCCCUAACGCCCCCUGCACCUUGCCCUCAUCAGCCUCCAUAUUCCCCGCGCCGCACCACCUCCCCAACCUUUUAGGGGCAGAUUUAAGAAAGCCCUUUUACCCUCAGCUGAGCCCGUCUUUGCCACCCCUCAAGACGGACUCCAGCACCCCGAGCCGGCCUUCAUUCUCCAUUGACAAUAUCAUCGGUGCGGCCAACUCCACCGCCUCUUCCUACAGCGCGCAGCCGGGCAGCCAGGCUCAGAUCCUGGCCAUCCUGAGUCCAGCUCUGGCCUCUGCUUCCAAUCACAUGAACCUCUCACAGGACAGCAUAUUACAAGCCGGGCCACAGGGGCAGACUUUUUCCAGCAAAACCCCCAACAUGAACACUUGUCCUUUCUAA